ACAUGUUAUUAGUACUAGUUGGCAAUCGGCUGUGAAACUCGUCUAAAAAUCGCAAGAAAAAAACAAAUAACAUGGCUAUGGUGGAGCUAGUUUAUUUGUUGAUUAAUUCGCAAAUUAGCAGAUAGUCUGCCAGCCAUUCCGCGUAUUAAUCCGGGCAGUGGAACGCAGGACGACAGGUGCAUCGCGUUUGUGGGUCAAACUAGGCCAGACCACAAACAAACUCGCACCAACACCACCACACCACAACACACACAUCACAUGCGCAGCAGGAACGACAAGUGACCACCGAUAUGAAAUCCUACAACGCCACCCCAUCGCCCGCCCAAACGGUACCAAAGCCCAGCUGUUCGUCGGGGGUGGGAUCCUCCGCCUCCGCCGCUGGAAACAUGUCCAAUGAGUCACAAUCCUAUUACGAUGACCAUGACAAUCAGCUGCUCCAUGUGAACAGUGCCAGGCUGAGUAAUGCUGCCGCAGCAUCCUCGGCCCCAGGACCUGGCCUGAAUAACGGUUCAGCAGGCGACGACAUGCAUAUGCGCUGGUGGUGGCGUACUCGAAGUCUGAAUGCCCCAUCGCCCUUUCAGCAAUUCGGACCAUGUGGACGCAUCAUGAAAAACUCCGCCAUGGUGAUGCAGAUCCAAGAUCCGGCCAGUCAGCGAUUGACCUGGUAUAAGCCACCACUCACUGUGCUGGUCAUCAAGAAGAAGGACUCCAAGGUUCUCUUCCCCUUCGUCCAACUGGUGGAGUGGCUGGUGCAGGAGAAGCACAUGGUUGUCUGGGUGGAGUCUGCUGUGCUGGAGGACAAGCUAUUGCGAGAUGACUUCAAGCUGGACCAGGAGAGCGCUAGGUUCCGGCAGGUGCACGAAGAAUACGCCGGAGUGAGGGAGCGUUUUCUGGCACUACGAGAGAAGCUGGUGACCUUCAAAGAUGGACGUGAUGACCUGACCGAUCGCAUUGACUUUAUCGUCUGUCUUGGAGGCGAUGGCACUCUGCUGUACGCCUCCCAGCUUUUCCAGCAGUCGGUGCCGCCUGUAAUGGCCUUCUACCUGGGCUCCCUCGGCUUUCUCACGCCCUUCCAGUGUGAAAACUUCCAGGAACAAGUGACCAACGUCCUGGAGGGUCACGCUGCUCUAACACUGCGCAGCCGUCUGCGCUGCUCCAUCCACCGCAAGGGUGAGCGCCGCAAGGAAUCGCUCCAGGCAGCUGGAAGCAGCAAUCUGCUGAAGCCCAGCCUGCAGCGCCAACUCAACUAUGUGGAGGUCAACCACUCGGCCGGGAGCAACAAUAACAAUUGCAGUGCCAACAACAGCAUCUUGGUACUUAACGAGGUGGUGAUCAAUCGGGGACCCUCGCCCUACUUGAGCAACAUUGACAUAUUUUUGGACGGCAAGUACAUCACAUCGGUGCAGGGCGAUGGCCUGAUUGUGUCCACACCCACGGGAAGCACAGCCUAUGCGGCAGCAGCUGGUGCUUCAAUGAUCCAUCCGUCAGUGCCGGCCAUUCUGGUGACGCCCAUCUGUCCGCAUUCGCUAAGCUUCAGGCCGAUUGUGGUGCCCGCCGGUGUAGAGCUCAAGAUAUCCAUUUCGCCCGAUAGUCGCAACACCUCACGCGUCUCCUUCGACGGCCGCAACGACCAGGAGCUGAACCAUGGCGACAGCCUGCGGGUGACCACGUCCAUCUAUCCUGUGCCCAGCAUUUGUGCUCAAGACCAGAUCUCCGAUUGGUUUGACUCGCUCGCGGAGGGCCUGCACUGGAAUGUGCGCAAGCGCCAGAAGUGCCUCGACGAGCUGUCCGAUCUGACGUCCUCGGUAUCGGACGAUACCCUCGACGAGUUCGACAAUCUGAAGAUCUAUGAUGCGUAG